AUGGCCUUCAGCACCCAGAGAGCCUCUACAUCUCGUACUUCAGCUGAAUCGGCUCCCCCACAUUGGAAGCAUGAUGUGUUUUUGAGUUUCAGGGGAGAGGACACUCGCAGGGGUUUUAUAUCUCAUUUAUACCACGAACUGCAGUACUGGCAAGCAAUAAAAACUUUCAAGGACGACCGAGACCUUGAAAUAGGAGCAAGUAUUUCUCUGGAGCUGUUGACCGCAAUCGGACAAUCACAUCUUGCCAUCAUUAUUCUCUCCCCAAAUUACGCUUCUUCCACCUGGUGCUUGGAUGAACUUUCAAAGAUUCUUGAAUGCAUGAAAGACAGCAAGAGAAUUAUACCAAUAUUUUUUGAGGUUGAUCCUUCCGAUGUGCGAAAUCAAAGGGGGAGUUUUACGGAAGCAUUCACGAAGCAUGAAGAAAAGUUCAGUGAAGAUGUAGACAAGGUGAAGCGGUGGAGAGAUGCUUAA